GGUCAGGGAGGCAGCAGUGGGGGAGGCAGGGCUACAGGGCGCGACGCCGCCGGGCUGCCCCGCCCUAGGAGGCGCCCGGGUUCUCAUCAAGUGACCAGUAUCCCUUCCAGGAGAACACGGUCCUUCAGAGGGAAGCGAGCUCCAGCCUGUAGCCCCGGCGCCAAACCGCCGUCAUCUCCUUCCUGUGCCGGGUGAUCCGUCUCCUCAUCCACAAGAAAACAUAGUCCGCCCCUCACGUCCUUGUGGGGUAGUGCUCGCUUCCAAACAGUGUGACUCUCUUUGCCCGCACCUUUGUCUUUCCCACUCCAAGUGCUCUAGGACCCACCAAGAAGAUAAAUCAGCUCUAUGAAAAAACCUUAAGGGAGAAGCCAGAGAGGGUGCGAAGGGAGGUGAAGGAAAAGGCAAGCUUGGCGGAGGGACACAGAGUACCGUCGAAAUAGUGCGCACGCGCGCCGACAGGAACGAGUUCCGGUCUGGCCCGGGCCUGUCUCCUAAAAAUAGCCCCGGUGUGGGGAUCCGUGCGCUGAUGUCCCGACGAGUCCCGGGCUGAAGGAGGCGGCUCCGGGCGGCGCGGAGCGCUGGUGGCGGGCCCCCGUUGCGGCUUGUGUGCGCCCGCCAGCUGCGCCGGAGAGACGGAAUUGGAUUUUGUGAAAAAGUAACAAAGAAGAAUUCUCUGCAAGGAUCACAUCUAAGUGCACUUUCUGCUGAUACAUCAUUUCUAAAAAUUUCAGCUGUAGCCCUUGAACUAGAAGCUGAAAUAAUAGAAGCUGUGUACCAUGCAUUAGGGUAUUGAAGAAAAUUAAUUUUUGAAUUAAAUAUUUGGAAUAUAAGGAAGGAAAGGUGACUGAAAAUGGGGCGGAAGAAAAUACAAAUCACACGCAUAAUGGAUGAAAGGAACCGACAGGUCACUUUUACAAAGAGAAAGUUUGGAUUAAUGAAGAAAGCCUAUGAACUUAGUGUGCUCUGUGACUGUGAAAUAGCACUCAUCAUUUUCAACAGCUCUAACAAACUGUUUCAGUAUGCCAGCACUGAUAUGGACAAAGUUCUUCUCAAGUAUACAGAAUAUAAUGAACCUCAUGAAAGCAGAACCAACUCGGAUAUUGUUGAGACUUUAAGAAAGAAAGGCCUUAAUGGUUGUGAGAGCCCUGAUGCUGACGAUUACUUUGAGCACAGUCCACUCUCGGAGGACAGAUUCAGCAAACUAAAUGAAGAUAGUGAUUUUAUUUUCAAACGAGGCCCUGCUCUGAACAAGAAGGAACACAGAGGGUGCGACAGCCCAGACCCUGAUACUUCCUAUGUGCUAACUCCACAUACAGAAGAAAAAUAUAAAAAAAUUAAUGAGGAAUUUGAUAAUAUGAUGCGGAAUCAUAAAAUCGCACCCGGUUUGCCACCUCAAAACUUCUCAAUGUCUGUCACAGUCCCUGUGACCAGCCCUAGUGCUUUGUCCUACACUAACCCAGGGAGUUCACUUGUGUCCCCAUCUUUGGCAGCCAGCUCAACAUUAGCAGAUUCAAACAUGCUCUCUCCACCUCAAGCCACAUUACAUAGAAAUGUAUCCCCUGGAGCCCCUCAGAGACCACCAAGUACUGGCAGUGCAGGUGGGAUGUUGAGCACUUCAGACCUCACAGUGCCAAAUGGAGCUGGAAGCAGCCCAGUGGGGAAUGGAUUUGUAAACUCAAGAGCUUCUCCAAAUUUGAUUGGAACUACUGGUGCAAAUAGUUUAGGCAAAGUUAUGCCUACAAAGUCUCCCCCUCCUCCAGGUGGUGGCAGUCUUGGAAUGAACAGUCGAAAACCAGAUCUUCGAGUUGUCAUCCCCCCUUCAAGCAAGGGCAUGAUGCCUCCACUGAAUACCCAGAGGAUAAGCAGUUCUCAAGCCACUCAGCCCCUAGCUACCCCCGUGGUGUCUGUGACAACCCCUAGCCUGCCUCCACAGGGCCUGGUGUACUCAGCAAUGCCGACCGCCUACAACACUGAUUACUCACUGACUAGUGCAGACCUGUCGGCCCUGCAGGGCUUCAACUCCCCAGGAAUGCUGUCUCUGGGACAGGUGUCAGCCUGGCAGCAGCACCAUUUAGGACAAGCAGCCCUCAGCUCUCUCGUUGCUGGAGGGCAGUUAUCUCAGGGUUCGAAUUUAUCCAUUAAUACCAACCAAAACAUCAACAUUAAGUCAGAACCAAUUUCACCUCCCCGGGAUCGAAUGACCCCAUCAGGCUUCCAGCAGCAGCCGCAGCCACCGCCGCAGUCACAACCCCCUCAGCCGCAGCCGCAGCCACAGCCGCGGCAGGAAAUGGGCCGCUCCCCUGUAGACAGUCUGAGCAGCUCAAGCAGCUCCUAUGAUGGCAGUGACCGGGAGGACCCGCGGAGCGACUUCCAUUCUCCGAUUGUGCUUGGCCGACCCCCAAACACUGAGGACAGAGAGAGCCCUUCCGUAAAGCGAAUGAGGAUGGACGCGUGGGUGACCUAAGGCUUCCAGGCUGGUGUUUGUACUUUCUGUUACUGCAGUGAACUGCUCUACAUAUCUAAGUUGGUAAAUAAGGACAUGAGUUAAAUAUAUUUAUAUGUACAUACAUACAUAUAUAUUCCUUUACAUAUAUAUGUAUGUGGGUGUGAGUGUGUUUAUGUGUGGGUGUGUGUUGCAUACACGGAAUCAGGCACUUACCUGCAAACUCUUGUAGAUCUGCAGGUGUGCGUCCCAUGGCAAACAGAGCACCCUGUAGGCAGAGUCUAGUCUGGCACUUCCUUGGACUACUUGUUUCAUAAGAUAACCAGUUUUUGCAGAGAAACGUGUACCCAUAUAUAUAAUUCUCCCACACUAGCUUGCAGAAACCUAGAGGGCCCCUACUUGUUUUAUUUAACUGUGCGGUGACUGUAGUUACUUAAGAAAAAUGCUUUGUAGAACAGAGCAGUAGAAAAGCAGGAACCAAGAAAGCAAUACUGUACAUAAAAUGACAUUUAUAUUAAUUACCCACCUGGCAUGGGUCUCUGUUGCAAAGAGGUGCAUGGGAAAGGGCUGUUGAUAUUAAAAACAAAAAACAAAACAAAAAAGCCCCACACAUAACUGUUUUGCACGUGCAAAAAUGUAUUGGGUCAAAGAAGUGAUCUUUAGCUAAUAAAAAAGAGAGAGAAUAGAAAACACGCAUGAAAUAUUCAGAAAAUAUUAGCCUAGAAAUAUAGAGCAUUAACAGUAAAUUAAUAUAUUAAGUUAUAAUUGGAAUAUGUCAGAAGUUUCUUUUUACAUUCAUAUCAUAAAAAUUAAAGAAACUGAUUUUAGCUCAUGUAUAUUUUAUAUGAAAGAAAACACCCUUAUGAAUUGAUGACUAUAUAUAAAAUUAUAUUCACUACUUUUGAACACAUUCUGCUAUGAAUUAUUUAUAUAAGCCAAAGCUGUAUGUUGUAACUUUUUUUUUAGAGAAUAGCUUUAUCUUGUUUUAACUUUCUAGUUUUAUUUUAAGAGGGGGAAAAAAAAACAAACAAAAAUAUCUUGCAAGCAGAACCUUGGAAAAAAAAAGCCAUGAACACUUAUUACUCUAUAUGUAAAUUAAAAGUUGAGCCAAACUCUUUGUGUAUAUAGAAUCUUAAAUAUAUUAUCACCUUUGAUGUAAGUACCUAUGUAUUGUAUGGUCACCAGAUUAAAAAGUAUAUUUUUGUGGAUUGCCGCCAAUUUAGGGGGAAAAGGCGAGAUCCUUAUUAAGUAGAGUAUUCACUGUUUAAUAUUUACUAUUUUGUUAAAUAUACUGUACUUUGGAUUUUAAUUAUUGGCCCAGUCUUUACAGAGGAUUGUAUAAAGGGGUUUCUCCCCUCACUGGUGGUGAAUGUGUGAUGUUACAUUGUAAUCUUUGUGCUGUAUGGGUUGAGCAUCAUUAUAUAUUUUAUAUGUGUAUAUAAAUAGCAAAGUGGCAAAAAAAAUUGGUGUUAAGUUCAUCCUGCAUAAAUGUAAAAUGUGUUGUGACAGAUUUUAUAAGGCAUUAUUUAAAACUUGCCUUUUGUGAGGAAAAAAAUAUAGUAGAAAAGCUGACCUAAUUUAAUUAAUAUUAAAGAAAAUGGCAAAAUAGUUGAUGAGCACAAAGGUUUUAUAAGUGGUAAAUGAUUAGGAAAAAAUAUUCGUGGGGAAAGGGGUCUUUUUUCCUUGACCCUCUAAAAUAGCAUGAUGCAGCUGGUUACAGAAUACUACCAUGCCAGACACUCUGUGCAUCGAAUGACACUGCAGUGUGGGGAGCAGUCCUCUCAUGGUGCCGAUUCUUGGCACAAUUCUUGCCAUCCUGAUGCCCUCAACUGAGAUGCUGACCAAGGCCUUACUCUCACAGGAAGACAGCUAAGUGGUCACAGCAAGCUUGGCAGGUCCCUGGGCUUGUGCCAUGAACAAAAUUCAAAGUCCUGUAUGUCUUUCAUCAUCGAUUUUUAAAUACUCCCUUUCCUGAGAAACUCAAAAUAAGGGUUUAAAAUUACUGCUAUUUUCUAUUUUAAACUUAAUAUUAAGCAGCUGCCUACAAUUUUUACUUAUGUUUUGGUUUUUCCCCCUAAAUUGUGUUCCUUGUGAUGUUUUUUUCCUCCUGUGCUCUUUGUGACAAAUCAUCAGCCAGACUUCCUGGCUGACACAUAGGUAGUAGGUACAGGAUAAACUUGUGGCAUUCCCAGCUGCAAAAUGGAAUUCUGCUUUUAAUGACAUUUUCGGUAGUAAAUUUUGAUAGAGGCCAAAAAAGGGAGGGCAAUAUGCUUUGUCCUCUCGUCAGUUUAGACAUUUGGCUCUUAUUCAGAAAGGACUGGUUUUUCUUUAAAAUAUACUUAUUUUACUGAACUACUUACAGGCACAUUUCUUCAUGAGGUCACACCUAAUUGAAAGAAGACAGUUUCCCAACACUGAAUUUCCAGGAUAAUCCUUACCACUUUGUAAACCAUUUAUAGCUUUGGAAGUGUUCAGUGCUUCUUUGGUUGUUAUUUAUGCAUGUUCAUGAACUUCUGCUGUACAUGGGAUAGGAGUUAACACAUUCACAUUUACUGUCUAUUUUCUUGUGUGCCUUAUGAGAUGGCUUUUCUGACUGUAUCUCAAUAGUCUUUCUUUCUAUGCAGGUUUAUAAUCAGUACAACUACUGUUUUCUAAAAUAAUAUUACGCAAGGCUCGGAGUUUGUAUUUCAAUUACACUGACCAAGUAACAAUGUAUUCUGUUUUCAGGAACUGAGUAUUUGACUGUUAACCCUUUUCCCAUAUACCCAGUGUGACUUAGAGCAUAUGGACUUGACAGAGACGCCCUCACCCAGACCCCAUGUACGAACACAUAAACAUACAUGUCUCCUGUUGGAAACCAGCUCAGAGUGGGGAAGACACUAACUGUGUCACUUUAGAACCUACUUUUCUACCCUUUUAGACUCAUGUGUUUUGUAUGACACCAUCAUAAGAAAUUUUAUCCCUGCAGAUGAAGUAUUUUAUUACUAAAAGACAAAAACAAAAAAAGCUUAAAUUGCACUGGUUAAAGUACGGUUUCCAGCAGCUGUACUUCCUUCAGCAGUCUACCUGGUACUACAUUGAGAGUGAAAGUCACCACUGUACAUCUACAGAUGGUCCCAAUCAAAAAUCAACCUUUUGAGCCCUAAUUAUGUCCAUUGUGUUAGAGACUAAAUCAGGGGUUUGUUCUAAAAGAACAAUAUAUGUUUUACCAUUUCCUUUUACUGUAAGGACAACUAAUAAAGCAUUAACAUAUUUUCUGUAUUAACCAUCAUGCGCACAAGAAAUACAUAGUAAAUAAGGAACCAGAAAACUCCUGGCAUUGGAUCAUAAGAAGCUAGAUGAUUAGAAUGUGAAAAAGAUUUUACAAAUGUAAAACUUUUAUUUCUCUGUAGAAACUUCACUUUGCUGUGCAAGAAGACACUGCUUUGCUAUAUUUAAAAUGGCUUUUUUAAAAGAGAUUUAUGUAUUUGGUAAAUGUUUGUAGUCAACAGUUCACACAAGAAGCUGUACACGGUUUGAUCAUGUAAAACCGUUUGGCGGCACAAGCUGGACUUUGUUGCCAUCCUUGAGAUGAACCUUUUAAGAAAAAUAAGUUAAUCUCAAUUUUUCCCUGAAUGUGUUUUUUUUCUUCAUUAUACAAUAAAUAUUAUAGUGAACUUUUUAUCAAAUGGUUAAGAAAAUGUUAGAGGUUGUUGUAAACUCUUUGUAUCCUGCACUCACUACAGUAAAGAUGGACUGGCUUUUCCUGUGUA